UUUUAUAAACUACAACUCCCAGCAUCCCUCACAGCCUGUAGCUGGCAGUUUGCAAACAGCUCUGAUAUCAGUCUCUGUAUUGGCUCCAACAAAACAAACUGCUGUUAAGUUGCCCUGUCCCUGCGAGGCAGCUGAAGGGUUAAAGUGGCAGCGGGAGGCAAACAGCUUGGGGAGUCCCGGGAGGCUGCUGAUUGGAGCAGGUUGUUUCCAUAUUGACUCCGGCGCCUCAGAGCCCACAGGGAGUUGCAGGGAGUCUGAGAGCAGGUGCCAGACCCUCCCUCCCUCCGAGCCGUUCUGCCCCUCUACCUGCCCCGGGAACUGACUCUCUACCUGCCCCGGGAACUGACUCUCUACCUGCCCCGGGAACUGACUCUCUACCUGCCCCGGGAACUGACUCUCUACCUGCCCCGGGAACUGACUCUCUACCUGCCCCGGGAACUGACUCUCUACCUGCCCCGGGAACUGACUCUCUACCUGCCCCGGGAACUGACUCUCUGCCUCUGUACGACAGGGACUCCCCGCUACUCCCCCCAUGGGCUGACACCGAGGGUCCCGGCUCUGCAUCACAUUAUGGAACAUCUAACUCAAGCCAACUGGAGGGAGAUCGUAAACAAGAAGCUGAAGUUCCCCGUGAAUCUCAUCAAUGCCAUCCAUGAUGGGAGCCUCCUACAGGUCCAGCAGCUGCUGCAGGUCGGCGACGGGAUGUUGCGCCAGUUGGACGACACCGAAGACCGCUCAUGGCGGGAGGCGCUCAACCUGGCCAUCCGCACGGGGAACGAGGAGAUCAUGAAGACCCUGCUGCACUGCGUCAAGUUCGACUUCCGGCAGAUCCACGAGGCCCUCCUGGUGGCCGUGGACACCAACCAACCGCAUGUGGUCAAGAUGUUACUGGACCGACUGGACCAGGAGAAAGGGAUCAAGAUGGACAUCAAGUCCUUCUCUUUGGCCUUUUUUGACAACUCCAUCGACAACUCCCGCUUUGCCCCGGGGGUGACGCCGCUGACCCUGGCCUGUGAGAAGGAUCUCUAUGAGAUUGUGGAGAUGCUGAUGAAGAAGGGUCACGUGAUCACAACGCCGCACAAGAUCUCCUGCACGUGCAUGGAAUGCAGCAACGGCCGCAAGUACGACCUCCUCAAGUUCUCCCUCUCCCGCAUCAACACCUACAAGGGCAUCGCCAGCCGGGCCUACCUGUCCAUUGCCAGCGAGGAUGCCAUGCUGAGCGCCUUCAAGCUGAGCCGCGAGCUGAAGCGCCUUUCCAGGAAGGAACCCGAGUUUAAGCCGGAGUACCUGAGCCUGGAGAACCUGUCCCAGGAGUUUGCGGUGGAGCUGCUGGGAAUGUGCCGGAAUCAGAGCGAGGUGACGGCGGUACUGAAUGACUGCGGAGAUGACAGUGAUGAGGAGGAGUUGGACAAUCAGGCCUUCGAGGAGGGGAUCCCUAACCUGGCCCGGCUCCGCCUCGCCGUCCAUCACAACCAGAAGCGGUUCGUGGCGCAUCCCAUCUGCCAACAGGUCCUGUCGUCCAUCUGGAGCGGGAAACUCUCGGGCUGGCGGGGCAGCAACACCAUCUGGAAACUCUUCAUCGCUUGCACCAUCUUCGUCUCCAUGCCCCUCCUAUGUAUGGUCUACUGGCUGGCACCCAAAUCCAAGGUUGGAAAAACCUUGAAAAUCCCAGUAAUUAAGUUCCUUCUUCACUCGGCUUCUUAUCUGUGGUUCCUCAUCUUCCUCCUCCUCGAGUCGCUGAUCAUGGAGCAGAGACACGACAUAUACGAGGGGCGGAGCCAGGCAAUAUGGCAGAACUCCUUGCACAUGGUCUGGGUGGCAGGGUUCCUAUGGCACGAGUGCAAGGAGGUCUGGAUUGAGGGGCUGCGCAGUUACUUCUUGGACUGGUGGAACUUCUUGGACAUCGUCACCAUCAGCAUGUACCUGGCGUCCUUCUCCCUGAGGAUCCUCGUCUUCCUCAAGGGCUACCUGGCCUGCCUGGAACAGCCGGACUCCGACGUCUGCUUCUACUUCACCAAGUCCGAAAGGAACGAGUGGAACACGGAAGACCCCCAGUUCAUUGCUGAGGUUCUGUUUGCGGUGACCAGUAUGCUCAGCUUCACCCGCCUGGCCUACAUCCUACCCGCCCACGAGACCCUGGGAACUCUGCAGAUAUCCAUUGGCAAAAUGAUUGAUGAUAUGAUACGGUUCAUGUUUAUCCUGAUGAUUAUUCUCACUGCCUUUCUGUGUGGCCUCAAUAACAUCUAUGUGAAUUACGCAGACUCGGAGAAGCUGGGGAAGAGAUCGUGCAGAUUUUUCUGCUGCUACAAACCCAGGAAGAAGCAGGAUUACCCCCCAAUAUCUACCAUUUCCAACAGAGCGGUAGGUGGGGUGAUGUCUCCUGGAGAGAACCGGGAGUCGUACCGCCUACAGGUGAUAAAGGCCUUGGUGCAGCGGUACAUAGACACCGCCAGGAGGGAGUUCGAAGAGAGCAGACGGAAAGAUCUUGGGAACCGAAUCACCGAGCUGAACAAGAACGUCAUCCGCCUUCAGUCAGAAGUGAAGAACUUGAGACGUUCAGUUGGCGAUAACAGUGGGUCGGCCACAAACAAGAGCAAUGAGAACAUUCUGAGCCAAUACAUCAUGAAAGUGAAGGGCAGCUUCCAAAACUACGACCAAGAAUCCAUCAGCUCCAGCAAAGAGUCACCGGAAGUGACCGUUCACCAGGACAGUAACCAGGGCCCCGUGCCGGACGACGACUGUCCCCCGUACCCAGAAGAGGCCUUCACCAACGGAGUAGCCAGGAACGGGGAAGCAAAUCAUGUGGAUGACAAUGAGGCUAUGUAGGCAAUCGGUGGCACAUUAGGUGCACAGAAAGUGAUCGCCCUAUGGGGGUAGACAUGAUUGCGCCAUGGAAAUACCCUGUAACCUGAAUUUAUUCUAUUCCAUAGCUUGUGUAUAAGGAGAAAUAGGUGUGUGCAGAUGUAUAUUCCACUGGUGCCACCAAUAUAGAUUGCCAUGGUGGUA